AUGACGGUCUACUGUGAAUCUUGUAAAAGUUCUGAGGGCGCAAGACGAGGCUCCUUCUCAAGUUCUCCUUGUCGCACGGACACCAUCACUCCGAAAUUCUGCCGGAGAUUCAGGUCCACCAAGGGGGCCUCCAAGGCGCGGCGGGACCACAUCAACGGAGAGAUCCGGAACAUGCGCUCCCUGCUGCCCAUCCCGGCGGAGGAGCAGGAGCGCCUCUCCUACCUCCACUCCAUGGCCCUCAUCUGCACCUACAUCAGGAAGUCUGUACUCUACAGAGGUGAGCGCCAUGAGGGCCGCCAGAGUGACCCUGUCCUGCCCUGUGAUUUCCUGCCAGCCCUCCCUGGCUUCAUUGUGGCCAUGACCGGAGAAGGGAAGCUGGUCUACAUCUCUGAAAAUGUCUCCGACUAUCUGGGCCUGUCCAUGGUUGACAUCCUACAAGGAGACACAUUCUACGACAUGAUUGACAGCUCCUGUGUGGACCUUGUCAGGGAGAAUUUAGAGGGAGACUCCAACCCAUUGAAAGAGGUGUCGUUUGUGUGUCAGAUGCACACCUCCAAGGCCUUCCGGCUCCAGCACGGCAGCCUCUGCACUCUCCUGGUGAGAGGACGGCUCCAGGAUGCCGGCCCACAAGGCUCUCUGUUCGUGGCCCUCUGCAGCCCCACGGCCAACCGGCUGCGGCCGUCCGACCUUCCCUCCUACACCACGCACUUCAGGACGAUCCACAGGCCGGACAUGAGCUUCCUGCACGCCCCCUACUGUGUGCUGUUUCACCUGGGCCACACGUCAGAGGAGCUGACUGGUCAGUCCUGGUACAGUCUGAUUCAUCCUGAGGACCUGUCUAUCGCCGCCUGCGCACACAAAAGCAUGAUUGAGAUGGUUGAUGAGCCCCAGGUGGAGCUGGUGGUGAGGCUGCAGUGUAAGGACCUCUCCUGGGCCUGGCUCUACAUCUCAGCUGCCAAGAGCCCCGAGAAAGAGGAGAUCACCUGCUCAAACUUCAUCAUCAGUGAAACGGAGGCCAUGUUCCUUAAACAACAUCUCUACAACAACAGUGUGAGAGUCCGUGCCAAGUCGUUCAGCAGUCCUCCAGCCUCCCAUGAGCCCUUGAGCCCGGGGGCUUGCUCCAACACGUCCCCAAAAAGACGACAUGACUCUUGCCAGUCCGUCGAGGAAUCGAGAAAAAGGACUCGACUCACAGAACCCAGCACUAGCGUUGUUGCCAUGGAAGACAAUCACCUCGGCAACCAAGAAGGCGUCUCUCAUUGUUUGGGGCACGGCACCACUGUGUUCUGCAGUCCUCCGUACAGCCCUGCCUCCGCUCACUCCCCCCUCACACAGGGGGAGUCCAUGGCAGACUACCUGGUGGAGGAGCAGUGCGGUGUCACAGAAGGGAUGCUGUCGCCACCUAGUGGUUCACCCCAUUAUAGCCCUUCCAUCAGCUUCAACAACAACAACAGCAGCAGCAGUAGCAGUAGUAGCAGGGUGGUGGACCGUCCAGAGCCGUCUAACUCUUAUACCCCAACUCUCAUGCUGCAGAACUAUAAUAACACAGAGGCUUUUGCCAGGAGCUCCUUCGAGGUUGUGUCCAGCCCCAUCUCCCCUGGUGCGGAGUCUGUGUUCGCCUUCCCGGACUGUGCAAACGACUCGUGCCUCGUGCCCGGCUACCAGCCCCUGGAUGAGGUGUACGAGAGCCAGGCUGAGUGCGUGCUUCACCCAGAGGAUUUCAACCUGCUGCCCAUGGUGGCCCCUAUGGAUCUUGGGGGUUCGGAGCCGCCCCAAGAGCUGCCACCUCCACCAACGUCCCAUGAAGUGCCACCUCGCACCCCCACUCAGACCUCAGAGGCCGUUCCCGUCAUCCAUCCCCAGCAGCACUAUAGUGAACAUGAACACGAACAAGUGGAGAUCUCCUUGCUGGCUCGCCAGAUCUCCUCCCUGGCCAGCAGCUUCAACGCCUACUGCAUCCAGGGCCUGGCUCCAGUCGUCGACGUCUCUCCCCAUCAUCAGGUGACUCCUUUGGGCUGGCCCCAGCACGGCGCUCCCCUGUACCUACCCAUGGCUGGCGGCGCCACUACCGCUGGCCCUGAGACGGUGCUGGACGAGAGCACCAUAGACUGCAUCCUGAAGGACCUGGAUGGGAUGCUGGGGAGUCGUGCCGAGGGCUGGGGGCAGCUGGAGGUGGCCCAGUUUGGCAGGCGACCCCUGGCCCAACAGCAUGACCUCUCUCUGGCCGCGUUGGUAGACUGUCUCCCCGCAGAGGAGUUUGGAUCCUCCACCGCCUCCUCCCACCACAGCACUGCUGAUCUGCGCAGCAACGCCAGGACGGAGUGCCAGGACCAAAGCGCUGGGUUGCAUCAACUCCACCAGUACGCUCACUGCAGCAUUCCACAAGAUGGACUUACUGAAGAAUCCAUGUUCUGA